CAGAGUAAAUUAGCACAAUUGCGAGGGCCUUAAUGUACAUCAAACAGCACUACUAUACAGUAUGCAGUCUAUUUAUUACUCCUAUAUGCCGGUGCAUCAUAUAGAAGACCAAACCACAACUAUCAGUUUCGAAGAUAACCAUAAAAAGGGACGUGACACAGUAGCAGCACCAUGGAUGAACUCGUCGUCUGCCCCGCCUCCACCGCCUGCAGCUCCCCCUCCCCGGCUUCCUUCUUCUCCACCGCCGGCCACCACCAGCAGCAGCAGCAGGAGCUCGACUUCGUGUCCAGCGAGGUCUUGGAGCAAUGGCUGGCGAUCGACGACUGCAUGGACGACGAGACCCUGAUGGACGGCGCCGCGUGGGGCAUCGAGGGCUCGCGCUCGCCGGGCAACGAUCUGUCCGGCAAGCCGCCGGCACCUGCGCCCAAGCGGCGGGGCCGGAAGCCCGGGCCCGGGACCAGCGGCCUCGCCCUCACCCACGUCGAGGCGGAGCGGCAGCGGCGGGACAAGCUCAACCGCCGCUUCUACGAGCUCCGCGCGGCCGUGCCCACCGUGUCCCGGAUGGACAAAGCGUCCCUCCUCGCGGACGCCGCCGCCUACAUCACCCAGCUGCGCGGCCGCGUGGAGCAGCUCGAGGCCGAGGCCAAGCAGGCCGCGGCAUCCGCCGUGGCCGCUGCGGCCACCGCGGCGGCGCCCGCCCAGGAGAAGCUGGAGGUGCGGAUGGUCGGGCAGGAGGCGGCGGCGCUGCGCCUGACGACGGCGGCGCGCCACGCCCCCGCGCGCCUCAUGCUGGCGCUCCGGUCGCUGGACCUGCCCGUGCAGCACGCGUGCGUGUGCCGUGUGGGCAGCGUCACCGUGCAGGACGCCGUCGUCGACGUGCCCGCCGCCGCGCUGCGGGACGAGCGCCGCCUCCGCGCCGCGUUGCUCAACAGGCUGCAGCAGAGCGGCUAGCGGCCGGCCGGCCGGCGCUAUCUACUUACAUACUACUCGGUGGCCACAUCAAGCCGGUUGCAUUCUAUCUACUUAUCAUGCAUAUAUUUCUUGUCACGGCAGAUGAUGCCCAUCGUCGUCGUCCGUGGUUUACACAGCUCAUGGUGCCUAUAUUUUAGAUGCUGAUGCAUCGAUUAAAAAUAAUUGAUAUUUCUUCUGUUCUCAAAUAUACGAUGUUUAGGAUAAGGUGAUUAGUUGAAAACAAACUAAUUGUUUUGUCCUAAACGUCAUAUAUGAAAGAAAACAGGAGUACAAUUUAGGGCCGGGGUUGCUUAUUUGACAGAGAUGGAUCGGACUGUACAUGUUCUCUGUUGCACGGUAGUGAAAUUAAUUAAUUCAUUUACCUGUCCUCAAAUCCCCGAUCUUUGGACUGUUCUAAAAUAAAUUGAAUAACUGCUCGGUGAACAUACUCAAUUGUUUAUUUGACAGGAGAUAUAUCAUCCAAACUUCUUGGUCUUCCUCUUUUGAUCAUUUGUUGCAAUUGUUUAAUAAGAACAUAAUAAUGUGCUUAAGACUUGCAAAAUGUAUAUGUGUUAAAGAUCCACAUGUACAUUACACAAGGUUAUUUUAUUCCAUGCAUCCACAGAGUA